UAUGGCGUCUGUGGGAAGCACAAGGCCUGUCUUCUUUUCGUGGAUCUUACUGGUUUUCAUUCUCGCCUACCUUUGUAAUUAUUUUGUCAUCACAGAGAAACUAACCUUCUGGUUGGACCCUGAUGUCAAUGAAGACACAAUACAGGUAGACUAUAACGUAGAGAGGACGACAGGUAGAAGCUGGUGGGAUGCAGCAGAGUCGGGGUGUUCACAGUUCGGUGGGAACCUGUACAUACCACAGUCACAAAACCUGACUGAAGACGUCAUUCAAAGUAUGGAAUAUAUGACCUUUUACUGGAUCGGAGCAGUGAAAUAUCCUGUCUGGAUUUGGACAGCCGACCAAUCGAACUUGUACACUUAUGAAGGCUAUUUGUCUUUGCCUACAUUUAAGCCAUAUUCGAGAUUGGAAGGAAAUUCAGUUGUAACCUGACAUCAGUAUUGCAAGAGGCAAACAAAACUUGGUCUACGGGGAAACGAAUGCUACUGUCUGGGAGACUUCGUGUAUGGCGUACAGCCUGUUCACUCUGGAGUGAGAUGUCCAGGAAACUAUGACGAAUACUGCGGUGAUGAACAUGGGAUUUCUGUGUACAAACAAGAAAGCAUCAGUGUUAUUCCAAGUUCAAAAAGUAAAUGUGGUUCUAUCAGUGUGAGCAAAACAAGGCCAAAUAUUACCAACCCAUAUUCUUACACGCAUGGCCUCCAAAGACCUACUACCUACUACCCUACAGUGUCCCUGGAUAGCAAUUGUGAUACUAGCAGGAGAUCAGCUUGUGAGAAGAACAUUACCAGACACAUUGAUGAGAACCAGAUGACAUGGACAGGGCCAAGGACAGGGACAUGGACACGGACAUGGACCUGUCGUGGAAAUGUUUGUUUAUCAAACGCACAUCGUACCUUUUAUGCAUCAAACCAGAAGUGUGACUUGGUAAAAGUAACACUCCGAAACAUCGACCAUCUGACACAGGCAAUAGUGGAACUGUUCUUGUACAGAGUAAAUUACUGGAUUGGUCUCAAAAGAAAUUCUGUAAAGAAAUGGAAUAACGGUACUGAUAUGCUGCUCACAGCCGACGACUACUUCGGUGUUGGCGCUGUUCUACCUACAUGCCUGGCGGUAUGGAAAACGUACUACAACGGUGUACAGUUCCGCUGGUUAGAGUGUCAGAGAAAAAGCCUAUCUAUUUGUGAAAAAGUGAAAGUGAGAACUUCAACACCACCAACUCGGAUGUCGACACAUUCCACCAACACGCCUACACCGCCACACAUUGAUCCUUUGUCAACUUCAGACGUUGUGCAUCCCUCUUCCACUCACAGGACCACAACAAAGAAAUCAAAACUGGAAGGUGUGGCCGACUCUGAACAACACUCGAACAACGGCAAUGUUGGUAUCUACGUGGGAAGUUCAACUGGGGCUGUUGUUAUCUUGGUUGCUGUCAUACUUAUUCUGAUAUCAUACAGAAAGAGACUAUUGUGCUUCAAAGAGACACCCAUCAUUGCAGCCAGCCAGGAUGUUAACGCGAUCUAUGACGCUAAUCCGACGACGGGAGGUUCACUACAAGAAAAUAAUGUGUACGAGACCCUGUCAUGUGCAAGUGAUAGGAACUCACCGUGUUACUCCACAAUUCAUGUAUAUAACAACACUGACCCAAAAUGACCACGUUCCCCAAUAUGAAAAAAGUAAUGCUGUUGUGGACACAAAGAUAUAUGAUUACAGGCGUAAGCCAGCUUUGACGCAGCAGAUGACUCAGGUUGUAUUCAAUUACCGCCUCGAAAUACACAUUAUACUGCUCCAUAUAUGAGAAACAAUGAAUGCUUACUUACCAUUUGGGUUCAUAUUUCGGGAAAAGAAUAUUUCUUUUGUUUUUCAAAAGCCCAAUCCGCAGACCUACCCAUCCCCGUCUCCACAACACGUGAACAUCCUGGUUAAAAUAGGUAUUCGGCAAACCAUUAAGUACCUUCAGUUAAAGUCAGAACAAGUUCUAUACAGGUUUCUUAGAGAGCACAUGAUUAGACAGAGAAAGACGUUGUCCAGUGCACUCCUGGGUUGUUGAGAAAUUGAUUGUUAACCCGUGAAGAUCCAGGAUAGAAUAGCUCUUCAGUAAACCAUGCUUGUCGUAAAAGGUGAUUGCUUGUCGUAAGUGGCGACUAAUGGGAUCGGGUGAUCAGGCUCAAUGACUUGGUUGAUGCAUGUCAUCGUAUCCCAAAUGCGUAGAUCGAUGAUCAUGAGGUAAAUCAUUGGAUUGUCUUUUCCAGACGCGAUUUUUAACAGACCGCCUUGCUGAUUGUGGCGUUAAACAACAAACAAACAAAUUAUAUACCCAGGUAAGAACCUUACAAUCUUGUACUAUGUUAAAUCCUACCUAUAUGAUAUUACCCUUGGCACUACCUGCAAGUAUUUGGUAAGUGAAAAUGUCAUACGUGUGUGUAUUUACUGAUUGUAAACAUCUCGAAUAAUAGAUUGUAAACAUUCUAUUGUUGACUGAUUAUAUAUAGAUUGUGUGACUGUCUAAUAAACUGAUUGUUUAUUGACCCAGGUCUUGUUUUGUUGGGUUGGAUGGUCGUGUAGAGUGGUACCCCCACUUAGCGAGCUGAUUCCCCUCACUCGCUUUUUAAUGAUUUUAUAUUGUUGUAAGAAUGCAUGAAUAAGAUACUUUUAGAAAACAUAUUCAAAUUAUAGGAACGAUCAAGACAAGAAAACGGAUAUGCUCCCAUGACAGUGAAU